AUGGCUACGCUAGUCCCACCACCUUCUAAGAAGCAGAAAAAGCAGGCGCAGCAAGUCCGCGAAGUGGAGUUGAUCCCGGCCGAUCUGCCUCAUGUUUUGGUUAAAUUUCAAGCGUUCGAUACAGGCGAAAACGUCGGAGGAUCAUUGCGAGUGCAUGGUGGCACAACAGAGCAGCAGCUCGAGCAGCUUCUAAAUCAGUUACAGGGAGAGUCCGAUGAACCGAUUCCCUAUACUUUCAGCUGUCUGGUUGGCACGGAAAAGGGCCAAGUAGAACAAUUGGUGGAUAUCAAGGAUAACAUCUACAGCUCCAUUUUGAAGCCAGGCCAUAAAACCACCGAAGACUUCAUCACCAUAGUGUAUACGCCGCGUGCAGUUUUCAAAGUUCGUCCAGUCACCAGAAGCUCAUCAGCUAUCGCGGGGCAUGGAUCUACAAUCUUGUGUUCUGCGUUUGCGCCAAACACCAGCGCCAGGAUGGUCACAGGUUCCGGGGACAACACUGCCAGAAUCUGGGAUUGCAAUACCAACACUCCUAUGCACACACUCAAGGGCCACUUCAACUGGGUUCUCUGUGUGGAAUGGUCUCCAGACGGCGAAAUGAUCGCUACUGGAUCUAUGGAUAACACCAUCAGACUUUGGGAAGCUCGCAAGGGCGAGAGCUGUGGUGACGCUCUUAAAGGACAUGGAAAAUGGAUUACCUCUUUGGCGUGGGAGCCAAUACAUUUGGUCACGCCUGGUCAAAAGCCAAGGCUGGCAUCCGCCUCCAAGGACGGCACCAUCAAGAUCUGGGAUACUACAAGUCGCUUGUGCUUAAUGACAUUGAGCGGUCACACUAACUCCGUGUCAUGCGUCAAGUGGGGUGGUCGCAAUGUGAUAUACAGUGGUUCUCAUGAUAAAACAAUCAGAGCCUGGGACAUGAACGCUUCUGGGAAGUGUAUUAACAUUCUCAAAUCACACGCACAUUGGAUCAAUCAUUUAUCGCUCUCCACAGACUAUGCUCUUAGAGUUGGUGCUUUUGACCAUACAGGGCAAAAACCAUCUUCUCCACUGGAGGCGCAACAGAAAGCUCUGCAGAACUACGAGAAGAUCGCCAAGAAAAAUGGCCAACUUGAGGAACUCAUGGUUACAGCCAGUGACGAUUUCACUAUGUAUCUAUGGGAUCCAUUAAAGUCAACGAAACCCAUUACACGUAUGACGGGGCACCAGAAAUUAGUAAAUCAUGUCGCAUUUUCGCCCGAUGGAAGAUAUAUAGUUUCCGCAUCCUUCGACAACUCCAUAAAAUUAUGGGAUGGCCGGAACGGAAACUUUGUAACCACAUUCCGUGGGCACGUCGCGAGCGUAUACCAAGUCGCCUGGUCAUCUGAUUGUAGGUUGCUAGUUUCCUGCUCUAAGGACACCACUUUAAAAGUUUGGGAUAUUAGAACUAGAAAACUAUCUGUUGAUCUACCAGGACAUAAUGACGAGGUAUAUACGGUAGACUGGAGUAUCGACGGAAAACGCGUGUGCAGCGCUGGUAAGGACAAAAUGGUUCGCAUUUGGACGCACUAA